AGUCUGUAGACAGAAAUAACGUCCCUGCCCCUUUAAGAAACCAGCGUCACAGACGCUGCAUCUGGGUGACGCUGCAGUGCACAGACUAGAGCGAGAGAGAGAGAGAGAGAGCAGAGGAGGAGUCGGAGGAAAAGAGCGGUGAUUAAUUAACAGAAAAAGUUAAUAUUAUAGUUAAAAAAACAUAAUUUACCUGGUCGGGAACGGACAGGGAUUUUAUGAGAACCAAAUUACAUCGGUUUUGGUCGGGUUUUUUUGUUCGGUUGGAAGCUCGGUCGGAGUGAAGAUUGGUCUGCGGUGUGCGGUGUGCACGUUCACAGACGGGAUUCCAGAUGGCGAGCCAGACCUAGACCUUCAAUUCAUCUUUUCCAUCGCAUCAAGGAGAGACUCUCUUGCGUGUGGUAAUUGCUGCCGGAGCGGUAGGAAUAUCAGGAACCAGUUCAAAUCGAAUUGAACAGAACUGAGAACUGUUUGAAUUAUUAUUUUGUUUUUGGACUGAAUCAACUGAGACUUUUUGUUGAAUUGAACAUCUGAACUUGCAUUGAGACUUGAAUUUGAAUUUAAAGUGCCAUACUUUGAUUUUCAUAUGUUUGUGUCUCUGAAUGUGAUUUGAAAGAUUGUGGUCCGUUUUGAUUUACUUGUGUUUGAAGGUAUUUACCUACCUGAAAAAGAAUGGAUAACGAGUUAACUCAGGAAGAAAAACAGGAAUCUUAAAAUAGGUGCAACCUAGGAAAAAAUAGAUUGGUCUAAUUAGAUUAGUCUUAUUAAAACAAACUAGGUAAACUAAAGAGUAAAAAGAAGAGUGGUAUACUUUCUUUUUUUUUUCCCCUUCUCUCUUUUUCCCAUUUAUAUUUACCUCAUUAUUAAGAAUCUGCAGGGUAUUUUUAAGUUCAUGUGUUGUAUUUUAUGUGUGUGUUCUGCAUUCAGUAAACUGCCGGCCUUUUCCAUAGAAAGAAGCGGUCUCUGGUGUUAUUUUUCUUGCUCCCCACUCCUUAGAGCCUAGAACUGGUCCAGUAGCGCAGUUAGUGGUGUGAUACGGGUGCUACAAUUUUGGCGAGAGCCAGCCAGGAGUGGCUUAAAGCAUUUAAAACUAGAAACCAGAGACCGUACAAUAUCGUUAUCAGUAUAAAAGAAAUGGAUGUCGUUCAAACCAGUAGUGUAAAAAUCCCUAACUCAGUCAUAGUUAGCGGCAUGACCAAUACAGAAACUGAUGAUGAACUAUAUGACUUCCUGAAACAACAUGGUUCCAUACAGAGGGUAAUUCCAGUAGAUCUCACUGAACCAGAGUCAGCCAAACAGGUUAUCGUAGAGUAUGUGUAUGGUACAGCCAUGCAAUCUCUCUUACCUUCAUUGCCUUACAGGCUUAGCAAUAAGACUAAGACUGAUGUCACCUACCACAUCAGAGCCUUAGCCAAUGUUUACACACCUGUAGCUAGCAAAACAGCUACACAGACUUACCUUUCAGAGUUAAAGGACAUUGCAAAACUGACUGGUAAAGACUUUGCAGCUGUCCUCAGAGAAGAGCUCUCCCUCAUCAGUGAGACUGUUGAUCUAGAUCACUCAGAGACCCAGGAUGAAGAUACAGAGCAGAGCUCACCUGAUACCCCAGAACAACAUGCCCCUGAAUAUGCUGCACAGGUAAGCCCCCUGCCCAGUACGGCCCUGCAGCAGCAUGUUCAACAUCAUCGGUCUCCACCAUCGACACCAUCUAAAGGAAAGACCCAGCCCGCUCUGAAACUUUCUGACGUCAAUCCACCUGACAUACAAAAAGUGAUAGUUGAGCACAUAGUAAGAAAUGAAGACUCUGCUCUGCAGGUGCACACUCCCUUGAGACUCAGACCCUUCUCUGGGCGUGUCCCACGUCCCAACAGUGAAGUGGAUUAUGAGACAUGGCGCUCCAAUGUGGAACUUCUUCUUAAAGAUAUAACACAGUCCGAUCCUUACAAGUCACGAAAGCUUCUUGAAAGUCUCUUAUCACCCGCCAUUGAUAUUGUGAAGCACCUGACACCUGACUCUCCUCUUAGUGCGUACUUGGAGAUCUUGGACUCUGCUUUCGGCACAGUCGAGGAUGGAGACGACCUCUUUGCAAAGUAUCUCAACACAAUGCAGGAUAAUGGUGAGAAACCCUCAGCUUAUCUACAACGGCUGCAGGUAGCGCUGAGCACCACCCUCAGAAGGGGAGGUGUAACUGCAAGCGACCUUGAUCGUCAUCUUCUCAGGCAGUUUGUCAGAGGCUGCUGGGAUAACAUUUUGAUAGCUGAACUCCAGCUAGAACAAAAGAAACAGAAUCCACCUUCCUUUGCUGAACUUCUCCUGUUACUCCGCACAGCAGAAGAUAAACGUUCUUCCAAAGCUUCACGUAUGAAACAGCACUUCAAUGUUUCAAAACCAAGAGUGUCUUCUCAUUAUCAAGGUGUUUAUAUGCAGGGUGAAGAAAACUGCAGCUCAUCUCAGCCAGCUCCUGAUCACAGGUCUGAAAUCCAAGACUUAAAGAAACAAAUAGCUGAUCUACAGUCCCAACUCACACGUAUCACACAGAAAGACAGUAGAAAAGCUAAAUCAACUGCCAGACCACUAGCUCCCCAAACGGCUAACACACGUUCCCCAGCUAUCACUCACACAUCUCAAGGGCUGCAACUCCACAGCCGAGAUGCAAACAUCAGCACAAGCAAUAGACCAAAGCCCUGGUAUUGCUUUAGAUGUGGAGAGGAUGGGCAUAUUAAGCCUCAGUGUGAAAGUGAGCCGAACCCAUCUCUUGUGGCUGAAAAAAGGAAGCAGCUAAAAGAAAAGCAGUCAGCAUGGGACAGUCAACAUGGCACUUCAAAGCCUGAUCCUUUAAACUAGACCCAGUUCCGGUUGUGGGACAAACGGGGACUGGAACACAGGAAAAGUGUCCCAAAAGGAAGCUGCACAGAGCCCAUGUGUACUCUCACAUACAAAGACAGUCAGUGAUUUUGCCAAAAGGUCUGAUUGGAGCCAAGUGCACCGCACAAGUGAUCAUAGCUGACAAAGACUGUAGUUGCUUGUUGGAUUCAGGCUCCCAAGUAACAACGAUCCCCAACUCCUUCUAUCUAGAGAACUUGUCUCACUUACCUCUCAAUUCCUUAAAUGACCUGCUUGAAGUGGAAGGAGCCAACGGUCAAAGCGUUCCUUACCUUGGCUAUGUUGGGGCCACCAUCAGAUUCCCAAAGAGCUUGCUUGGAGUUGACA